CAAAACUGACGGAGAAUUGGGAGGCACGAGGAAACUGUCAACGGUGAAAAUUAAUUAAUAGGAUACGAUCGCGGAAGCCUCGACUUUUCUCAAUUCGUAUUGUGUAAAUAAAUGAAUUCAAUAAUUGCCUAAACGAAUGACAUUUUGAAAUCGUGACGAUAUUUAUUUCACGAAUUUAGUAAUUGUGUUAAAUGUUUAAUUAGAAGGUAAGUGGAAAGAGAAACGAGAAUCUUUUGUUAAAUUAGAUUGCUCGAUAACGAUUCGUUAAAAUCGAAAAUUAAUUAAUAGCUUCUGCGAUCGCGGAAGCCUCGAGUAUUUUCUCAAUUCGUAUUGUGUAAAUAAAUGAAUUUAAUAAUUGUCUAGAAAACGAAUGACAUUUUGAAACCGUGAGUUUCAUGAGUUUAGUAAUUGUGUUAAAUGUUUAAUUAGAAGGUACGUGGAAAGAGAAACGAGAAUCGAUAUCUUUUGUUAAAUUAGAUUGCUCGAUAACGAGUGUCCGUGGUGUUUGUAUUUCAUUGAUUUUACUUGAGCACUUUGUUGCGUGUCGCGCAGUUAAUUAGCUAAUAGUAUUGUAUAAAUAUAUUUCCGGUAUAUGUUGGAUUAAUCGUGCUCUAUCGUGAUUGCACGGAAUUAGGUAUUUUUAUCCGAAUAAUUAGAUGAAAGUGAAUUGAUUUGAAAUGGAUCAAUUGGUUAAAAAUAAAUGACGCUGUCAGCUGUGCCACCGAUAAUGGAUCACUCUGUACACCGUCGCGUGUAUUCCCGCGAGUCAUAUGAAUAGUCAUAAUUUUAUCACUAUAACGAUAUGCAGCAUAUCCCGAUAAAAAUCGCGAUAAACAAACGGCUGAUCAAUAUAUGCCAACGGAAAUGUUUAUAAUACAAUUCUGAGAAAACGUCGAAGAAAAUGGCAAACGGUCGUUACUGCGAGCGCGAAAAUUUCGGAUAAGUGUGAUCGAUCGGAAUCGACAAACUCGAUUGUGAAUGCAGGCAUGCGUACAGGCGACUCGUUCAAGGCUUCACCAUGGUCCCUUAUAUAAGCCACAAUAUUGAUGCACGUGCUCUAUAAAUUAAACAAUGGUGUUUAGUUUGUUGUAAGAAACCAGAGGUCUCGUUUAAUUAAUAGGCAUUUAUAUGAUAAAUGAGAUCGCCAAUAAUUCAUAUCGAAUACAAGGGGACUAGUUAUGUAAAGAUAUUCUAUUUCUAGUAGCACGUCUACACCAGCGAAUUGACAUCUUAUAACAAUCGAUAUGGUCGAGUUCAUGUGGUUCGAGUCCUACGUCAAUUGAAAUUGAAACGAACGUUUCGAGAUGCACAGAUAUACGCCACUUUAACCGCCAAAUAUUUAAAAUCCGGAUUCCGCAAAUUCUGAUAGGCUCGAACACAUUAAGCUAGGGACAACAGUUGGUUCGCCAGUGUGCCCAUUACAUCAACGCUUAUCAUUUAUCAAUCGCUGCGAAAGGCAACCCGAGAAAUAUGCCUUGCCCAUUUUUAACUCGUCUGACUGCCAAUUACAUUCAUAAUUACGGCUCUUCGAUACUGACAAAUUAUCGCCAGCUAUGUCCGUUUAUGUCUCAGCUUAUUAGGACUCAAGCAGAAGUGCAGAACGUCGAGGCACAGAAAGUUCAGAAAGAUGAUGAAAACCAAUGUCCAUUCUUAGCUAAAGAGCAUACUGCUGUGAAAAUGGCUAAUCCUGUGGUUGAGGAAGACAUUAAAAAUGAGGCUUCCACCGAACAGAAGGAAGAAUCUAGCUUUGCUUACGAAAAAUUCUUUCAUGAGCAAAUCAUAAAGAAAAAGAAAGAUCAUUCUUAUAGAGUCUUUAAGAAAGUGAACAGGUUGGCACAGAGUUUCCCAACUGCUAUGGAAUAUUCGAAUAAACCAAAACCCAUCACUGUUUGGUGUUCUAAUGAUUAUUUAGGAAUGUCUCGACACCCAGUGGUGACAAACUCUGUUCGAGAAGCUCUAGAUAAAUUUGGAGCAGGAGCUGGUGGAACGAGAAAUAUUUCGGGAAACUCCAUGGGCCAUGAAGUAUUAGAAAAAAGACUUGCAGCAUUGCACCAAAAGGACGCUGGUUUAUUGUUCACUUCCUGUUUUGUUGCUAAUGAUUCCACUUUGUAUACAUUAGCGAAACUUCUUCCUAGUUGUCAUAUCUUUUCUGAUGCUGGCAACCAUGCUUCCAUGAUUCAGGGGAUAAGAAACAGUGGAAUACCAAAACAUAUUUUUAAGCAUAAUGAUGUACAACACUUGGAGGAACUAUUAUCUAAAGUAGACAAAAGCAUUCCAAAAAUUGUAGCAUUUGAAACAGUACAUUCUAUGACUGGUGAUAUAUGUCCUUUGGAAGAGUUGUGCGACGUUGCUCAUAAGUAUGGUGCUUUAACAUUUAUCGAUGAGGUUCACGCUGUUGGGCUCUAUGGAUAUUCUGGUGCUGGUAUUGGAGAGAGAGAUUGGGUUCUUCAUAAAAUGGAUAUCAUUUCUGGUACACUGGGCAAAGCUUUUGGCAAUGUUGGCGGUUACAUUGUUGGUUCUUCGAAAUUGAUAGACAUGAUACGAAGUUAUGCUGCAGGCUUUAUUUUCACAACAUCCCUACCGCCAACGGUAUUAUAUGGUGCUCUAGCUGCUGUUGAAAUUUUAGCUUCAGACGAAGGGAGGGCAUUGAGAGCUACUCAUCAGGACAAUGUAGCUUAUAUGAAAUCUAUUUUAAUUGCGGCGGGUCUUCCGCUAGAACCGUCGCCGUCGCACAUUAUUCCGAUAAGGGUCGGAGAUGCAUUACUAUGUAGUCAGUUAGCUGACCUCUUAAUACAGGAAAAAGGCCAUUAUGUUCAAGCAAUAAAUUAUCCCACUGUUCCAAAGGGGCAGGAAAGAUUAAGACUGGCUCCUACACCGAAGCAUACUCGGACGAUGAUGGACCAGCUUGUGAAGGAUAUGUUAGACGUGUUUGAUCGCCUAAAUAUUCCAGAAGUGAAAAAUAAAGCAAGCGAAAUGCCACUCUCAAUUUCAGUUCAUUAACGAAUGUACUCGAUAGAAAAAAAAAUGUAAAAAUUGUAUAUUACAUAUACAAAAUAUAUCUAUAUAUAUGACUGUAUAUAUAUAUAGAAAAUCAAUACAAUAAAACAAGCAUUCGCCUGAUGAAUUGUUGAAGAUUAUACAAAGUU